ACUCGCGAUGAGGCAGAAGGAGCCGGCGACGCACAAGCAGUCCAACACUGGUGCGCCCAUGGACAACAAGCCCAAGCCGCAAGGGCCUCGCCCGACUGGCGCGGCGACGCCUGCGGGCGCCGGCCAGAGCGGUCGCGUCGGCUGCUUGCGCAUGAUCGACAACCGCCAGUUCCACUACGUCUACAUGCUCUUGCUCUUUUGCGACUUUUUCGGCAACUGCGUCGCGGUGGCCUUUACGUCGCAGCAGACGUUCUACAAGUGGGGCCUCAAGACGCGGCUCUACUCGUGCGGCUUCAUGGUGCUCUACCUCCUCGAAAUGCUCUGUCGCGUCGUGUCGCUUCGCGGCGCGCUCUUCCGGUCGCCGUCGUCCAUGUUCGACCUGCUCGCGCUGCUGCUUCUGGCGGGCAGCUUGGCCGCGCGAUUUGUCUUUUCCGAUGCGCUCUCCAAGGUCAUCAUCUCGCAGGACGGGUACUUUGACGCGCCGCAGUCGGAGCUGUACCCCAAGUACAAGACGAACCAGUACGAGCAGUACUGGACCGCGCUCUACUGCCUUGUCGCGUCCGCGCGCAUCAUCUUCAAGCCGCGUGCGCGCAUCUUCUCCAAGAAGCUGCACCGGUACGCCGACUCGGACCACUUGCUCAUCUCGAUGGCGUCGCUCCGGUCGUCGCUGCGUCGCAUUCCCAACAUCACGGAGGCGGCCAUCGAGAUGAUGGAGACGGACCUGACGAUCAUUUGCGGGCGCACGGACGGCGACAUGAGUCGCGCCGAGCUUAUGCAGUUCCUCGAACGCGCUCUGUACUACCGACCCAAGGAAAUUUCCGCCAACACGUUCCUCUCGUACCUCCGCGACAUUGACGCGCAGUCGUCGCAGUUUGUGUACGGCGCGCUGGACGUGAUCAAGUCGACGCUGCGUCACUGGUCCAACCAAAAGGGCGCGCUCUUCUGCACGAUCGUGGUGGUCUUUGUGCACGCGGCCAUCGUGCCGGGCCUUGCGUACCUCAUGCAGAUUCUCGGCGACUACGCAUUUCCCAAGUCGGUCAUUGACACGGCCAUCUACAAUGCGACGACCAACUAUCGCAUUGAGCGCGCGGUCACGUACCAGAACGUGACGACGGAUCAGCAAGGCAACGACAUUACGCUCUCGUACAUCAAGCCCGAAGAGACGCUUGCGAUUGGUGUCAUUGGCAUCCUCGUCAUUUGCGUGCCGUUUGCGAUCGUCGACUACUCGAUGGGGUACUUUCAAGCGCUCAUGAUCUCCAAGGCCACCGAGCGCCUCCAGGACAAGCUACUGCGCACGAUCCUCGCGCAGCCGACGCUCUUCUUUGCGAAGCGCAGUGAAGGCGACUUGAACAACCUCUUUCAGUCGGACAUUGCGCGCGUCAACGCGUUGUGGCAGGCCAUUUUCUGGAACCUCAUGCACCCGAUCGUGUCGGUCGUCGUCGGCUUUGCGUUCCUCUGCUACUUUGAACCGACGGCGGGCAUUCUCUCGUUUGCGUUCUCGGCCAUCAUCGUCACGUCGGGGCCGCAAGGCCGCGCGUCGAAGCGCUCGAAAGACUUUGGCUCCAAGAACGCGUACGUGGCGGCCGAGUUUCAAAAUGCCAUUGCGUGCCAAAAGGUCGUGCGGGCGUACCGGAUCCAAGCGCCGUUGGCGCAAAAGUUUGCCGCGAGCACGCUGGCGCUGCACACGGCGCAGUUUCUCAAGGACUUUUGGGCCGGCGUCGUCCAGAUCUACGUCGAGUCGGCCAUGUACAUCUUUGUCUCGAUCAUCACGUCGUGCCUCGCGAUCAAAGUCUUUAACGGCGACAUUACGGUCGGCGACUUUUUCUCGGCGGUCACGCUCCUCGCGCGCAUCUCGACGCCGGUGACGGUGCUCGGCGGCUUUAUGCGCGUCGCGAUCGGCAAUGCGUCGAGUCUCCAGCGCCUCGACGAGAUUGUCUACAGCGAGCUGGCCGACCAGACGCACGACAAGGAAGACGACGCCAAGCCGUCGCUGAAGCGCAUGCAGCACGGCCUUGCGACGCGCGCGCUGAGCUUCCAGUACGACGAGACGUCGGACCACUGGGACCUAUCGGACGUGCACGCGUCGUUCCCGCUGGGCCACUAUGUGUGCAUUGUGGGGCCCAGUGGCUGCGGCAAGAGUACGCUUCUCGGCUGCCUCAUGCAGUUUUACGCGCCGAGCGACGGCGCGAUCACGAUGGACGACGCGGACGUGGCCGCGCACUCGAAGAAGAGCUACAUGGCGCAGGUGGCGGUGGUCUUUCAAGACGGCGGCAUCCUCAACGGCACGAUUCUCGAAAACAUCGAGUUUGGCAACAUUGGCGCGACCAAGGAGGAGUGCAUGAAGGCGGCCGAGCUCGCCGAGUGCAGUGCGUUCAUCAAGAACCUCAAGGACGGCUACGAGACGGUGGUCGGCCAGCAUGCGACGUGCAACCUCAGCGGCGGCCAAGCGCAGCGCAUUUGCCUCGCGCGCGCGCUCGUGCGCAAGCCGAGCGUGCUCCUUUUAGACGAAGCGACGUCGGCGCUCGACACGGAGACGGAGGCGUCGAUCAUUGAUACGCUGCGCAAGCUCGCCAAGACGACGCACAUGACGGUCGUCUCGGUGACGCACCGUCUGUCGACGACGCGCAAUGCGGAUGCGAUCCUCGUCAUGGACGCCGGUCGGCUCGUGGACCAAGGCACGUACAACGAGCUGCUGGACCGCCCGAUGGGCCUCUUUGCCGAGCUCGUGCAGACGACCAAGGAGACGACGCCGUCGACGCGCCAGUCGCUGAGCUACGGCAACGAGUACGUCGAGGACCUCUCGAACGUGCUCGACACGCAUCGCGCGCUGCAAGAAUUUACGCAGCAGUUGCGCCCGCGCGUCGACAGCGCCAACUCGGGCGGGUGGCGCCGAAAGGAGUCGGGCGCGGCGUUGAACCGCAAGAUGACGGGCGAAGCCGACAACUACAUCGUCUUGUAGUGGCGCCGUGGAGGAGAACCAUCCAUGUAUACGGCAUAAUGAAUGAAUUGCAUCCUGUAUCUGGGUGGUUGCCAAAGUUGCAACGGA